GCAGCCUGGCUCUUCCGGCCCAGACCCCUGGAGGGACACGGUUCCCCAGGUUCUGCCGGCUGUCUCGGGUCCGGGAAGGAGCGGCUCUGGCUGAGACCCUGUGUCCUGGCCGGGGUGAUCGGCCACAGGGACCUCCUGCUCCAUAGGGCUGGCCGCCAUGCCCCGCAGCCGCCUGAUGUGGCUCAGCUGCUCCCCAAUGGCUCGGCCGAGGCCUCAGUCCGACCCCUUUCUCCUGGCAGCCACGCUAACGACCUGCUCCGAACCGAGGCAGAAAUGUUUGAGAAAUGGUACCGUAAGUUGGAGCCAUCUGGCCCCUCGCUCCAGCUGCUGACCAAGAUGCAAGACCCCACGCCAGAGCUGAUGCAGACACAUGGCAGGUACAAAUCCAAGUUGCAUGGGGCCACGGACUACUUUGUAGGCCUGACAGUGGAGCAGAAAUGUGAGCUGGCUGAGCGGGAGCUGGUUGAGAUGAAGGAUGAGAUUGAGAGGAUGAAAAAGAACUCGGAGCAGACCUUGCAGAACCUGGAGGCAGUCAUAGAAGAAGCAGAUGUUUGGUGGACUGAUAUUAAGAAAGCCAUGAGUGAUUUUGAGAAAGACGUCAUCAGCACCAUCUCCAGCAAGAAAGGGAGUAUCAUAGCUUCUGAGAAGCUGCUGAGAUACAUGGAGGAGAAGAAUCGCCAGAGGGAUCUGCUGAGAGAGAAGUUACGCCUGAAAAAUUGUUUGCUCAAGGGUUACAAGAAGAAGUUGCAGCAGCAGCUCAGGCAGAAGGAGCAGAUGGGAGAGACGCUCUGUGAGGUCCGUUUGCAGGAACUGCAGGUUAGAAAUGCCAAGUACCAGCAGAAGAUUGAUGAGAAGAACCAGGAGCUGUUGCAGCUAAAACUGACCUCACGGAAGACUGUCCAAGUUUUCAACUUCUAUCACAGGAAGCUGCAGGACGCCAUGGAAACAUCCAUGUCUCUGACAAAAGACAUCUCCCAGAGGAAGGAGCUGCUGGAGAAAAUUGAAAGAGAAACUGUUGUGGUGGAGAAGGGAUCUUCUUGCCCUCUGUCCCUGUUCCUCCGGCAGCAACGAGCUGAAGCUGAGCGUGUGAAUCGGCAGCUGCGGAAGCAGCUCUCGGACUACAGUGUCCCCCCUGUGCUGAGUUACGUGCAGAAGAAGAUGGAAAUUGCUGAACUCGAAAAAAACCUCAAGGUUUGGGAGAGGAAGGUGGCAGUUGCCAAGAUGUCCCUGCAAAGCUACCGCAGAGCAUGGAAUCAGGUCAAGAAGUCUGCUAACGAGCACUAGGCUUGUCUGAUGCUGCAAGGCAGGCAGUGGAAGCUGCAGAAGGAGCCAAGCUGUGGGGAAGUUUGCUGUCAAGUUGGGUAAAUGUAGCACCCUGCAGGCUACAGUGAGAUGAAACCACUUCUGCAUGAAAUGAUAAAGAAACCCUGUUUCUUUGG